AUGCCUUCCUCACUGCUCGUCGACGUGCGGACUCCUGCCGAGUUUGCCACCGGCUUCCUGGACGGCGCCAUCAACAUCGAGUACCAGGACAUCGACCAGCUGCUCCACCGCCCCGGCGUCUCCAAGCAGGACGACAUCACCCUGUACUGCCGCUCCGGACGCCGUUCAGCCAUCGCCCUGGACGCUCUCAAGUCCCUCGGUUUUGAGAAAGUCCGUGACAUCGGCAGCUUGGAGUCGGCCGAGGACACGCUCCGACGCGAGAAAGAGAAAGGGGAGUCUCCACCCGCUAAGCCUUCCAAACAGUCGCUCCAAGGGUCCCACCGCGCCCUCCUGGAUGGACUACGCGCUUUAGAUUGA